AUGAUUGACCAGGUCGCAAAGGGAGAGGUUUCANCAAAUAUUAUUCAUGGUACAUUUGAAGUUCAUAUUACUGUUGAAAAUCAUAACAUGGAAGAAUUUCUAAAUAUCUGUAAAAUAAAUAAUCUAAAGCCUAUCUAUAUUCAUUUAUUUAAUGGUAAUAAUCGUAAACAAUUAAUGACAUCAUCACAUCAUGUUGGAACAUAUCCUAAUAUUAUUGAACAAAUUAAAAAAUUAAUCGAUAUACAAUUUAGAAAUUUUAAUAUCAUAAGAUUAAAAAUCAAAUCACCAGCGUUAAAUGAUGGGGUACCAGAAAACGAUAUUGAUAAAUUACUAUUUUGGAAUAAAAAGUCAAAUUAUUUUGAAUUUCAUUAUAAAAUACUCGUGAAAUCGACAAUGGAAUUCGGCAAAUUGAAACAAUUAUGUUUAAAUCAAAACCUACAUUUAGCACAGAAUACGUUCAAAAAAACUUCGAUCGACGAAAUGAACUAUAUUGCCACGAUGAGAUUGUUUGAUGUUGGUAGAGUAAAUGCAAUUGAUAGAAAUGAUAACGUUAUUCGAUAUUUGACGCAAAAUAAUUUUCUACCAUUAAAAGUCGAAAGAGUAUUUGUAGUUUAUGAUUCGAAUAUUGCUUUGGAUGAUGGAUGGAGUCAUUUUAUGUCGUAUCCAUCAGUUUCAUAUUCAACUGUUACCAGGACUGGUCCUAGAUACCGAAUCGGUUUUAAAAAUCGAAAAGUAUUUAGUCGAUCUAUUGAAUAA